AUCUUUUUCACUUGAAAUAAAAUUAGACGCAAGCUAUAAUUUGUCUAUUGCUCAUAACUGGCAGCCAUGCGCUAGGUAUGUCAAAAGAAGAUGUCAAUUGGUCACUCAGGAAACAUAAUAUAUUUAUUGCUGAUUAUCGUUGAAUUUCUGCUCAAAAUAAUAUUCGUUGUGAGUAACACAUUACUAGUGAUCUUAGGGCUAAUACUAAGAAGCCUGUUUAAUGUGAACAUGACGGAAACGGCGAAAAAAAGCAAACGUGCCAACGACGCGAGUAAUAACCAAACUAUUGCAAACCGCGGCCUUAUCAGUGCAAACUGGCAGAAACUUCUAUCAAGUAACCUGAUUUCCGACAAGAAAAUCGAAAAGCCUUUACAGGAAAACUCAAAGGAUCACUUCACAGGAACUUUCAGACGUGCACGUAAGAAGAAAGCUAAAACACAGUUUCUUGUACGAAACGAGCUAAAAACGCUUGAUAUAGCUAAAGAAAGUAAAGUUAAAGCUAGUAAAAUCGAUGAUAUAGGUGAAGUGGAACUGACAGUACCUAAAAAACAGGAUAAUAAUGGUAAAAACAAACUAACAAAGUUCAUAGCAAUAGAUUGUGAAAUGGUGGGCAUUGGGUACGAUGGAAAUGACCACAUGCUUGCUCGAGUGUCGUUAGUGAACAAAUUCGGUGACUGUAUAUAUGAUAAGUUUGUUAAACCGAGGGAAGAGAUCAUAGAUUACCGAACAAGUGUGUCCGGAGUUAGGAAAGAAGACCUUAUUAAUGGUGAGGACUUCGCUACAGUACAGAAAGAAGUAGCGGAGAUGAUUCGAGGCAAGAUUCUAGUCGGGCACUCUUUGAAACACGAUCUGAGUGUCUUAUUCCUUUCGCACCCUAAGAGGAGCAUUAGAGACACAUCUAGAUAUAAACCAUUUAGAAAGAUAACCAAAGGCAGCACACCAUCUCUCAAACGUCUAGCGAAAGACAUCCUCGGCAUCGAGAUACAGCACGGAGAGCAUAGUUCGGUCGAAGACUCCCGAGCGGCCAUGCAACUGUACUGCACAGUCGCUAAGGACUGGGAGAGGAUGAACAGCGAGAAGAGAGGGCAUAGGAAGGAGGCUUAGUGUUAAGAUUGGUUUUUUUAAUAAGAGUUUUUUAGUCAAAUUUGGUAUCAUAGAGGAAUAAGUAAGGAAAGUGUUGUAACUCCAUUUGGAUACAAAACGAAACGAAAGGGAAACGGAAGGCUGGCUCACAGCUAAAAAGAUGGGAUGAUGACAUUUGCUUAGUCGCCGGAGUAACCUGGAACAGAGUAGCACUUGACAGAAACAAAUGGAGGAGGCUGGAGGAGGCCUUUGCCGACUGGCAAACAGACUUUCAGAUGAUAAGAAAGAGAGAUAUAUUAGAAUACUAAAACUAUAUCCAUCUGAAAUGUGCUGAGGAUGAGGCUCAUAUAAUAAUGUAACUCCAUACAUCAGUAAAUGCAAGUUAUUUGUAGUGACAUCUAGCGUGAUCUCCGUGUUAAAUUAUCAGCACUGCUACUUGUCAAUAGAUGUCGCGACAAACAAAAAGUCUAAUGCUCAACAAUUUUUAUCUAAUAUUACAAUAGUAUUAAUCAGUACCCUGUUUUCAAUUCCUUCUGCUUGUAAUAUAAG